UUUCCGUCUAGUGUACAGGAUGCGACAUUGCGCCAAAUUUGUUUUCAUGGUUAGAACAAGCUGUAGCUAGCUAGCUAAUAGUUAACUUGAUACAUAUAAAAGGGGUCCAUUAUUUUAUAUUUCCUUAAGAGAGAGAAAAACAUAUAUUAGUCUAGCAUGCGCGUGUGCAAUGGAUUCAGAAGACAGACAGGGAUUUGACAGUAAUAACGUUACAAACGCAAAGUCAACCCCGAACAAAAGAGGAGGCAAUACAUUACCUGUUAGGGGGGCACUAAGGACGCCAUACUCGGGAUCUAAAAGGGUCUACUCCCGUUUUAAAUCUCCGUUACAGUCGCGAAGUACAUCAUGUUGCCCUCGAGCAGUUCAGCCUAGCCUUGAGCAAGAGAUCGAGGAACUGAAGAGGAAACAGCUUGAACUCGACAAUGAGAUCAGUCACCUGGAGACCAAUGGUGUGGGAACUCAAGAGCUGGAGCAACACAUUGACCUCCUACACGAGUACAAUGACAUCAAAGACAUCGGACAGACCCUGCUAGGCAGGCUGGCUACUGUACGAGGUGUGACCACGCGGGACUUGUACGCCCGUUUUGGCCUUGAGCUGGAUGACUGAGUAUUGAAGAGAAUAAGGAAGAAACGGGGGCCUUGCAACCCCUCCAUGAGAAAGUCGAAGAAAAAGACCUUUCAUGUCACCUCUUUAUUUUGGUUACAUACAAUGAAAAUAUGUGUCCACACAUACUACAGUUCUAUGCAGUGAUGUUUAGGACUACAGAGAGGACAAAGGAGGAGUAUCUGUGGCAUAGUGACAGAUAACAUGAGGAUAUGGCUUAUCAUGAUGCCAUUGCCUAAGACUGAUUGCACUGUUUGUGGUAAGGGUUGUCUGCGUGCACUUACUGCAUUUUGGUGAUCGGUCAGCAAUCUCUUGUUGUUUUUGGAGCAAAGAGCAUAGUCCUUGUGUAAUAUCUCUUCAAAGGUCAGAGAACUAUCUUGAAUACAGUGAUAGUUCUCUGAAUAAAAAAGGCUGUAUUUAGUAAGCAACACAGAUAAUAAUCUAUAUGUUUUCAAAUGAAUAUACUAUAUACUUUUAUAUACUGAUGUUUCAAGGUUUGUUUUUCUCUGAAAACCAUGGGUAGAACAAAUGCUCUAACAAUUAUUGUAAAUAAAGUGAAAUUGCCAAUAAAAAUUAUCUUCAUUUGGUUAAA